AGUUCUGUCUGCCUAUCCAUAUAAUCAAUGUUAUCAAGUGCAACUAAGAAGGUCUAUUAUUCAAUCAUAUUUAUCAGAUGAAACCACCUAAUGAUGCAGAAUUUGUUAAAAGAGCAGCUGGAAGAGGACCAAAGAGUUUUCUUUGGAGUUAUCAUGAUGAAAAAUGUUGAACCAUCUUUAAAAAUUUAUAAAUUAAAUACAAU